AUGUCAAGCUCCUUCGCGUCCGCACAUGUGUUCCCUGGCGGCAACCUAGAUUCAUUUCAUGACGGCGACAUCCCUGCUGAAUAUGCGAAGGAGAGGCAUGUUGAUGGACCAGCGUACCGCAUUGGUGCAAUCCGCGAGUGUUUCGAGGAGACAGGCAUCUUGCUCGCACGACGCUCCGGGGCAAAAGGUGACGCUGCACUCGUGAGCCUGCCGAAUCGCGACAGGGAGGCCGCGCGGAAGCAGAUCCACGGGAACCAUGUCCGGUUCAGCGAUUGGGCAGAGAGUGUCGGCGGGACACCCGACGUCGAGGGACUGAUCCCCUUCACGCGAUGGGUGACACCCACUAACGUUCUCAAACGCUUCACAACCCAGAUGUACCUCUAUCUUCUCCCCGACACGGCUGCAUUUGACCGGGUCGAGGCGGCACAGCAACAAGACAUCAUCGUUCCCACGCCCGACGGCGGCGUCGAGCACACAGCCGCCCGAUUCGACGACGCCGCUACAUGGCUGGCCAAGGCCGACGCUGGCGAGAUUAUCUUGUUCCCGCCGCAAUACUAUCUUCUUCAUCAUGUGGCUCGGUUCUGUACUCAGCAGGGUUCGGGGACAUCGUUUUCGGUUUUCGAAUCGCAACGGCAGAAGCUCCUGCAAUUUCUGCGGAAAACGCCGACGGCCAGUUCGAAGAAGGGGAUCGCGCACCCCACGUCGUCGAUCCCAUGGUCUGAGAAGGUCAUGAGCCCUCAGAAUCUGCUUGUUCGGUCUUCGGAUAAACGUAUAGUGCUCGGACUUGACAAGCCUGGACUGGAACUAAAGGAUUCUGGUCGAGGCGGCGACUGGGAGAGGGUCGUACUCGUGAAAUUCUCGAAGGAAGGGCCCCGAAAGGUCGAAAUAAGGGACCGGGAGGAGAUUUUGGCGGAGGAAAGAGAAGAGAAGUCGGAAGAAGGCUCUGGGGCUCGUCACAAGUUAUAAACAGCACGCUCCCUGCGGCAAUCGAAGCUAGGCCAGACCC